GCAUACCACAGAGCAGGUUAGAGAUUACACGAGGAGAAUUGCCAUCCGAUCCUUUGAGCUGAGUUGCGACAGGCAAAUGGAGCAUGAUGCACUGAGAGAGGUGGUGAGUGACCUCCGUAUGGUUGCUGAGGGAAGGGAGGCCUAGACUCUAGAGGCGGUCCUCAGGAUUCAGGAGAGAGAGGCGAGUGACAUGAGGGCCCAAGUUCAGAGGGUACUCAGGGAGUAUGAGCCACCUGCUGACACGACGGACAGAGAUAGGCACAAGCGCAAGGUUGUCCUUGAGACUGUGCGAUCAUCUCAGUUGGAGAGCGAGGUGUCGACUCUUGUCAGGUUACGGCGAGAGACAAAGAAGCAGACACAGAGGCUCUUCUAUGAGGAUGUGGUCACAACCGGAUGGCAGGAGGAGGUUAGGAUGAGGAGAUGGACAGGAGAGGAGCCCAUGCUUGAGGGCGAGCGUACGCAGUCAGAGGAGGGGCUCCAGGCGAGGCUGCUAUCUGAGGCGUCAGUGCGAGAGUUGGCAGGCGUGAUGAAGCAUGUCAGGAAAGUCACGCAGAUCGAGGUUGCGAGAGGGGAGGUUCUCCAUGAUGCGGUACAAAGGAUAGGUGUUUUGGAGCAAGAGAACAAAGGACUGAGGGACAUGGUACAUAACCUCGUCGCGAGCGAAGAGUAGGCGAGACAGUCCACCCUGAGACUCGAGCAGAGGAUUUUUGCUCUAGAGGAGGGUCAGAGGCGUCAGGUCACAACGGAUCUGGUCGACGAGAGGAGGAAUGAGGAGCAACAAAUUCCUGUUGGACAG